CUUAUGCACCACUCUUGCCGAACCCUCCGCUCUGCCGUGCCGCCUCCGGGUGUCGUGACCUGCAUAGGCGAGCCCGGUUUUGCCAGCGAGGCGACGCUUUUCAACCGCAACCUCCAGGACGAGCGGGCUCCGCUCGCCAUCGUCAAGCCAUCGUCGCUCAGCCAGCUGCAGGCGGUUCUGGAGACGGCGCGUGCGUCUAAGCUUCGCGUGUCGGUGCGGAACGGCGGCCACAACCCAUCCGGUCGCGCGCUGUCAAAGGGCGGAGUGACAAUCGACCUCGGCCGGCACCGCGCCAUCCGCAUCGUGAGGAACGAUGCGUCCGGGCCGGUAGCCGAGGUGGGCGCCGGCGCGGUGUGGGGAGACGUGUACGAGGCGCUCGGGGGGAGCGGCCUCUACGCGGUCGGCGGAGGCUGUCCGAUGGUCGGCGUGGCGGGCCUCGUGAUGAACGGCGGCAUCGCCUUCACGUCUCGCAAGCGAGGCCUGGUCGGCGACUCAGUGCUGAGCUUCACGCUGGUGUUUCCCAACGGGACCGUCGCGGAGACGGAGGGCGGGCGGAGCGCCCUGCGCUCCGCCCUGUCCGCCGGAGGAGGAUCGACGCUCGGGGUUGUCUGGGCGCUGCGGCUGCGGCUCUGGCCCGCUCCUGAAGGCGGCCACGGCGUAGGAGUGGUGCGGCUGGGAUGGAAGGGGAGAGUGCCGAUGUCGAUGCUGCCUCUCGCCGCCGCGGCCAUGGACGCGAACGUGGCGGCGACCGAUGACGACGAGGGCUGGUCGCUGAACCUUGUCGUCGGGCGCGAGUACGUUGUCUGGCACCACUUUCACGAGGGGUCUGCCGAGGAGAGCCGCGCCUCUGGCAGCCGGCGAGGCGUCUUCGGCCGGCUCGCAAACUUCACGCGCGCCGCGCUCGCCACGGGAGCUUCGCUCGCGGGGUGCGAGUUUGGCGCCAUCGCGGCGCAGUCGAACGUGACGCAGCGCACGGUCGAGCAGCUGGGGGGCGCGAUGCGGCGGACAGAGGCGUCGACGUGGGCUCACUCUCAGGCGCGGCUGCUCCUCUCGUGGAUCUGCCUCUUGACGGACGCCGACCAGCGCAAUGGCGAGCGGCGGCCGGGCACGUUGCCGCUGCUACCUGGUGUGAGCGCUACUGUCGACGGCUGGAGCGAGGACGGCACGCGCAGCCUCGGCCAGCACCGCGCCGGCGCCUACCAAGGCUACGCUUCGCCGCACGACAAGCCCGAGGAGCUGUACGGCGCCGCGGGCGUCGCCACGCUGCGGCGGCUGCAGGCGGGCAUCGACGGCGCCGCGGAGCUCUUUGGGAGGGGCGCCGGCCUCGAGCCGCUCGCGCCGCCGCCGCCGCCGGUCGAUGGUCUGACUGAGUACGUCCUGGUGACGGGCGGCAUUGGGGGGAUCGGCUUUGCGGUCGCCGAGGCGCUCUCCGCCGCGCUGCCGCCAAGGCGGCGGCACUCCUCGCCGCAUCGCUCGACGCGGCGCUCCGCUUGGGCGGCGCGCGCGCCUGCCUCCACUCUGUCGUGAUGAGCGCCGCUGCCUUGCCCGAGUGGGACGCCGUCCGCGACGCCCCCCUCUCGCGCGCCCUGUCGGCGUCGGUGCUCGCCCACCUCGGCCUCCUCGACCUCCUCCUCGCCGUCGAGCGGGCGCGCGGCGGGGGCGGGCA